GGGGACGUAGGCUGUUACGCGGCGUCGCCUCCGAGUCGAGUCCCAACCUGUUUCCGUGCCUUUUCCCUCUUCCUCACCUGCCUGACCUGGCCUGGCCUGGCCCCCAAUCAAAAACGAGCGACCUCAACCGACGGAAUCCCCAACCCCAACCCCCAAAACCAAUCCGCCGCCGCGCUGCCUCGCCUCGCUCGUCGCUCCCACCACCACCACAAACCCGCGCCUCCUCCGCCGCCGCACGCCCGCCCGCCGACGAAUCAGGUGAGCGCGCCGCCCUCCUCCCCCUCCCGCUAUAGAUCCGUAGCGCCCGAUCUACCCGCCGCCGCCGCCCGGGCUGUCCCGCCGAUACCUAACUCCGCGAUUCGAUGCGCGCGCCGAUCCUUCGCCCUAGGUUUUGACCGCCGCGGCGGCGCGGGCUCUGCUCGGAUCGCCGGUGGUCCGGCCGGAACAUGAGUUUGGAUUUAAUAUUACAGGCGCAGCCAUGUUCAACAGGCUCUUUGGUAAGCCCAAGGAGCAGGCCAAUGCUAGUGCGUUGGCCACGCUUGAUAAGUUAAAUGAGACCCUUGACAUGCUGGAGAAGAAGGAGAAAGUCUUAGAGAAAAAGGCAGCCGCAGAACUGGAGAGGGCUAAGGAGUUCUCAAAAGCAAAGAAUAAAAGAGCGGCUAUCCAAUCCUUGAAGAGAAAAAAGCUUUAUGAACAACAAAUUGAGCAGCUAGGGAACUUCCAGUUGAGAAUUCAUGAUCAGAUGAUCAUGUUAGAAGCUGCAAAAGCUACGACAGAAACCGUUGAUGCUUUGAGGACUGGAGCUGCAGCUAUGAAAGCAAUGCAAAAGGCGACAAAUAUUGAUGACGUUGAUAAGACUAUGGAUGAAAUUAAUGAACAGACUGAAAACAUGAAACAAAUACAAGAUGCUUUGUCAGCCCCUCUUGGAGCAUCUGCUGAUUUUGAUGAGGACGAACUAGAGGCAGAACUGGAAGAACUGGAGGGAGCAGAAUUGGAAUCUCAGCUUCUCGAGCCUGUUGCAGCUCCACCUGUGCAUCCAGUGCAGGUCCCAGGCACCAGGAUACCAACUCGCCCUGCUCCACAGAAAGCAUCAGCUGAGGAGGAUGAGCUUGCAGCCUUGCAAGCUGAAAUGGCAUUGUGAUCAGGUUCACAAUGAAGAGACGAAAUGUACAAAUGAUUGGCUGUGCUCUACGGAAUUUCAACGAGUCUAGCUACAAUAUAAUUUCCCAUGUGUGUACAAUCUUUGGGGAUAGUCAGCAAUCAAAGAGAGAUGCUGCUUCAGUCCAGUACUCCAGUGUUCUGUUUUAGUGGCUUGGGGGGUGUCGUCUGUUUUCCAUGCACAUAAUUUAAGUUAAUCUGGCACAGUAAGCUCCAAGCUAAUCCAUAGUCAUGCAAUGUGCAUUGCUGUCGCACAAUAUUUUUCAUUGACCAUGAAGCCGUGUAAAACAAGUUGAAGCGAUUGAUACGUUUGUUGGGCUUUCUGCUUCCCUUUUCUUUUGA